AGGCAACACCUCCUGCGGUCACUGGCCCCUGAAUCCUCUGUUGCAGUUUUUAAUAAAGCUGCUUCAAAGAGAGUUUGAAGGUUUCAUCACUCUUUAAAAGUAACAUUUUCUGACAUAAUGGGAAAAUCUGAGAUGUGGUUUUAAUUGAAAAAAGAAAUGUAAAAUUCUGGUGGUUGUGAAGAUGUCAGAAUGCAACUUUUAAAUUAGGAAGAAAACAUCUCACAGUAACAAUCAGUUUGGGGCCUGCUGAUUUCCUUCUAACACUUUGGACAUCGACUAUUUCUUUAUUAAACCAGAUCAAGUUACUGAUUCAAAAUGAACCCAGUCAAACUGCAUGUCUCCAUUUUCAUCUCAGUGUUGACCCUAGUGACCUCUGGCCAGGCUUUACCGAGGACACCCCCUCCAUUGCGCCCUGGCCACCCCUUCCUGUUCAUGUGGAAUGCUCCGACCGAGCUGUGCGAGAGCCGCUUCGGCAUGCCUCUCGACCUCUCCUACUUCCACUAUGUCAGCAGCACGCUAAAAACGGCAACCAACCAGAGCAUCUCCAUAUUCUACACUGACCGCUUUGGCAUCUUCCCCUAUGUGGACGAAAACACUGGUGAGAUAUACGAUGAGGGUCUGCCACAGCUGAUAGACUUACAGGAGCACCAUGAGUUGGCCGAGGAUGACAUCAAGUACUACAUCCCUGUUGACCAGCCGGGCCUUGCUGUGCUCGACCUUGAGGAGUGGAGGCCGCAGUGGGUCCGAAACUGGGGAACCAAAAACGUAUAUCAACAAAUUUCCAUCGAAAUGGUCAAGAAGAAGAGUGCAACCUUGUCUAACGAGGAGGCAGAGGAGCGGGCAAAGAUCAUGUUUGAACACGCAGCCAAGGCGUACUUCCUCCGCUCCAUCCACAUUGGGAAAAAACUGAGGCCCCACAAACUCUGGGGUUACUACCUGUACCCUGAGUGCUACAACUACGAGUACAAACAGGACAUGGUGGGCUUCACUGGAGAGUGUCCCACCACUGAGAAGGACAGGAAUGACGAGUGCAAACAGUCCACUGUCCUCUUUCCAUCUAUUUACGUGGAGAUGUUGCUCAGAGACUCUCAGCAGGCCCGGCUGUUUGUCCGCCAUCGCAUCCAGGAGGCCAUGAGGGUGUCGACACUCCCCAACAGCUCCUACUCCAUCCCAGUCUAUGCCUACAUCCGCCCCUUGUACAAAGACAGCACCAAUGACUAUAUGUCAGAGUUUGAUCUGGUCAACACCAUCGGAGAAGCUGCUGCUCUUGGUGCUGCUGGCGUGGUUUCCUGGGGAGACAUGAACCUCACAGAUUUAGAGGACUCCUGCUUUGGUGCAGGACGCCACCUGGAACAAGUCAUGAACCCAUACAUCCUGAAUGUCUCCACGGCAACGCAGCUCUGCAGUAAGGCGCUCUGCCAGGGCCAAGGUCGCUGCGUGAGGAAGCGCUGGAAUGACGAUGUCUUCCUCCACCUCAACCCGUGCCGUUACCGGAUCCGACGGCACCGCCAUGGCCGCCCACUGACUGUGAGAGGCGGCCUCUCACAGGAUGACAUUGACUGGUUCGACCGUAACUUUGACUGCAUGUGCUACAGCGAGGAGCCGUGCAGGUCAGUCCUGACACUCAACGUCGUCCAUGAACACGCCUUGUCCCCUCCUGCUGGUGGUGAUGCUACUGUCUGAAGUAUAUUAUGAUGUAAAUAUAAAAUUAAAAACAAACAUGAUGCAUAUGUUGCAGGAUAUGUGGGUGCACGCAAUAUGACAAUUCCCUGCUAUGGUGUUAUUUUUAACUGGUUUUACUCGUC